AUGCCACAUGUUGGGGCGGGUAUGCCACGUGUUGGGGCGGGUAUGCCACAUGUUGGGGCGGGUAUGCCACGUGUUGGGGCGGGUAUGCCACAUGUUGGGGCGGGCUCGCAUGAACGUACAGCAUUGAUGAAAUAUGGCGUUCCUCCGGCUGGCAGUGACGACCUCGCUAGGUUCUGUGACAAGCUAGUACAUGAUCUAUAUAAACAGCGAAUAUUCCCUGAUUUGCAUAAUAUCAAGCAUCGGGUGGCGGAAAUAGUUCUGAGCAACGCGGGCUCUCAUCAUCUCACUGGCUUCAGUAGUAACAGGAAGAAUACAUGGGUCAGCUCCCCUUCCUUGGAGAAGAGCUUGACCAGGAUGAUACAGUAUUAUGCGGCACCUUCCCAAGCGGCGAAAUAUGCAGUCAUUGCUGAUCCGCAAGUCACACAUACCUAUCGAGAAGCCAACCCUUUCCCACUUAUAGUAGAUCAUGCUCCACCAGAUGCCGUGGCAUUGGAGGUUGUCUUUGCUCGAAUAACGAAGAGCGGCCAAAACUGUUGCGUUCUCUUCCGCGAGACGCCUGUUGUCUCUCCAGCGUUUGAUGGAAGCUUCUAUUUCGUAAGCCCACACGCUGGUGAUAUCUAUGAUAAAGCCAUGUGGGAUGCGUUUAGACUAUAUCUCGAUGAAGCCUUGCAGAACGGCCGCAGAGAUCUGUAUAUAUUCCCUAAGGGGAGAUAUUCUUGCGCCCAUGCGUUGGAGGCUCGGAAGCUUCCGUUCUUCAACGGCUUGACCAUGGGCCAUCUCAUCAACGUUGUACAGCUCGCAAUGAGCAAAUACAACUUACUCAUGUUCGAUGAGGAUAAGUCUAUACGGCCACCCCAGGCAGCACAGAAGGUCAUACGUAGUCAACAACGGAAACCGUCCGAAGACUCCAAACUGUCAUCUAAGGGUGUUGACUUCCAUGACUACAGCAUCAGUGCUUUGGCAGAUAUCAACGAGAUGGAGGUCCCUUUAUAG